GUGGAGGCAUGACGCUAUUAUUUUUUCAUGUGAUAAUAUUCAUGUUCGACUCCUUCGCUGAGGCUUCACACAAUACCUCUGCAGGCUGCGUUAUCAUUCGUCCACCCAGAGAUGGAGGGAUAAGAUACAGAGGCCUGACCCAAGAGCAGAUCCGCAGCGUACAGGUCUUACCAGUGGACUAUGAGAUCGAAUAUAUCUGUCGGGCCAACCGGGUCAUCGUAGGGCCGAAGGUCAGGAAAUGUCUUCCUGAUGGCAGCUGGACUGAUCUCAGCCAGCGCAGCAAGUGCUUACUGCCAUGUGCACAGGUGUGGACAUCUCUGGAGAACGGACGUGUAGUAGUGUCCCCACCUGGUCCGGCAGUCGAGGGCACCGUGCUGAGAUACAGCUGUCUAAAUGGCUUCAUCCUCGAGGGCAGGAACACAACGCAGUGCAACAAACAGGGCACGUGGGACUCACCCAAACCCACCUGCCGCUACAACAGACACCACACAGGAAAGAAGAAGCUCUACAUCGGCGCUUUGUUCCCCAUGAGUGGAGGAUGGCCUGGGGGUCAAGCGUGCCUCCCUGCCGCUCAGAUGGCUCUGGACUUGGUGAACAAGAGGACAGACAUUCUGCCGGACUACGAGCUCGAGCUGAUCUACUACGAUAGCAGGUGUGACCCUGGAGAAGCCACCAAAUUGCUGUACGACUUGCUCUACACGGAGCCUAUAAAAAUCGUGCUGAUGCCUGGCUGUAGCUCAGUGUCCACGCUGGUGGCUGAGGCGGCCCGGAUGUGGAACCUCAUAGUGCUGUCGUACGGCUCCAGCUCUCCGGCACUGUCCAACCGUCAACGCUUCCCCACGUUCUUCCGUACGCACCCGUCUGCCACGUUGCACAACCCCACACGUGUGCAGCUCUUCCAGAAGUGGAAGUGGACCAAGAUCGCCACCAUCCAGCAGACCACUGAGGUCUUCACCUCUACUCUAGAUGAUUUGGAGCAGAGAGUGAAGGAGGCUGGAAUUGAGAUCAGCGUGAGACAGAGUUUCCUCACCGACCCUGCUGUGGCUGUCAAGAACCUUAAGCGCCAGGAUGCUCGGAUCAUUGUGGGUCUGUUUUAUGAGACGGAGGCCCGGAAAGUCUUCUGUGAGGUCUAUAAGGAGAAGCUGUACGGAAAGAAGUACGUCUGGUUCCUGAUCGGUUGGUACGCCGACAACUGGUUCAAGAUAAAAGACCCGUCAAUCAACUGCACCGUGGAGCAGAUGACGGAGGCGGUAGAAGGCCACGUUACCACGGAGAUAGUCAUGCUCAACCCUGAGACGGUUCGAGGAGCCUCCAAUCUGACCUCGCAGGAAUUCUUGACCCAGCUGAUGUCUAAACUGGGAGGGAAGAACCCAGAAGAAACAGGAGGAUUUCAGGAAGCGCCGCUUGCCUAUGACGCAGUGUGGGCUCUCGCUCUGGCGCUCAAUAAGACUGUUGGGCCGUUAAGGGCCAGAGGCCGCAGGCUGGAGGACUUUAACUACAACAAUAAGGACAUUACUGCUGAGAUUUACCGUGCCCUCAACACCAGCUCAUUCGAGGGAGUCUCUGGUCACGUUGUGUUUGACGCACAGGGAUCGAGAAUGGCCUGGACUCUGAUUGAGCAGCUGCAAGGAGGGAGCUAUAAGAAGAUCGGCUAUUACGAUAUGACCAAAGGCAAUCUCUCCUGGUACGGGAACGACAAGUGGAUAGGCCCUGGUCCUCCUGCAGAUCAGACGGUGGUGAUCAGGAAAUUCAGAUUCCUGUCUCAGAAACUCUUUGUGUCUGUGUCAGUGUUUGCUGGCCUGGGCAUCUUACUGGGCAUCGUGUGCCUCACGUUCAACAUCUACAACAGCAAUGUCAGGUACAUCCAGAACUCUCAGCCGUACCUGAACAACAUGACUGCCGUGGGCUGUAUGAUGGCUCUGGCUGCCGUGUUUCCUCUGGGGAUCGACGGGCUUCACGUCCGUCGCUCUCAAUUUCCUGUAGUGUGUCAGUUCCGCUUGUGGCUGCUGGGGCUCGGCUUCAGUCUGGCCUACGGCAGCAUGUUUACCAAAAUCUGGUGGGUUCACACGGUUUUCACCAAGAAAGACGAGAAGAAAGACAAACGGAAGCAUCUGGAGCCUUGGAAGCUCUACGCGACAGUCGGUGUGCUUCUGGUAAUUGACGUCCUCUCCCUCAUGAUCUGGCAGAUCAUGGAUCCGCUGCACAUCACAGAGGAGAAGUUCACAAGAGAGGCGCCUAAAGAAGACCUGGACGUGUUGAUCGAGCCGCUGCUGGAACACUGCAGCUCUGAGAAGAUGAACACGUGGCUGGGGGUGGUUUAUGGCUACAAGGGCUUAUUGCUGCUGCUUGGCAUCUUCCUCGCCUAUGAGACCAAAUCUAUCUCUACAGAGAAGAUAAAUGACCACCGAGCCGUGGGAAUGGCCAUCUAUAACGUCUCUGUUUUGUGCAUGAUUACGGCUCCUGUCACCAUGAUCCUGUCCUCGAAGCAAGACGCCUCUUUCGCGUUCGCUUCUCUCGCCAUCGUGUUCUCCGUCUACAUCACGCUGGUCGUGCUUUUCGUCCCCAAGAUGCGAAGGUUAAUCACACGUGGCGAGUGGCAGUCCGAUCAGCAGGAGACCAUGAAGACCGGAUCGUCCACGAAUAACAACGACGAAGAAAAAUCCCGCCAGCUGGAGCGAGAGAAUAAAGAGCUGCAGAAGAUCAUCCAAGAGAAGGAAGAGCGCGUGUCCGAACUGAGGAAUCAGCUCUCAGAGCGACAAGCUUUACGCUCCCGGAGACGUCCGUCGUCCACCAACCUGAACCACAGCACUCCUCCACUUCCAGUCUCCCACACUGACCCCAAAUCUCUUCUUCCUCCUCCCGGAUACCCUCUUCCCACCUCGGACAAUCACUCUCUCCCUCCGACCUUCUCCAACUCUACCAUCAUUUACCAGCCAGAUGGCAAGAUCAGCCGCAACAACUGCCACCCCAGCCGCCUGCAGCUUCUCUACAAGUGAGGCGACUAAAGAUCAACGAAUGCGGCAGGAAGAAGACCUGAACUAAAAAGGGAGAAGGGGCACAAAUCUGUUCAUCAUCUACCUGUAUUCUUGUCUUAUACCUUGGUGUUCGUUCCCUCAUUUUGAAACAUUUUGGUGACGGAACAAGCAGCAAUCACGGCAGAGUCGCUCUUGUCCGAGCUGCAUGUGUGUGGAAGUUUUCUUCUCGGAGAAAAGCUAACUCUCAAAAGCAUUCUUUGGAAAAGUUUCACAGAGCGGAUCAUAAACCUCUAAUAUGAGGUAUCUGGUAUCUUAAAUGGUUUUUGCAAUGCCAUUUUCAUAGCUGAGCUACCUGAUCACUUGGCAUGUCUCGGCAUGUUUUAAUGGAGCUGGAAAGUGCUUUUUUAUGUAGGAAAUGUAAGAGGAGGAUUUGAAUUUGGUGUUGAAUCUUCCUGAACAGUAAUUAUUAUAGUCUCACUUCCCCCCAUCUUAAACCUUUUUUUCCACAGGAGGUGUUAGAAGGGAAAUCUGUCGAUUUUGCAACCGUGUCCUUUUUUACCGUGACAUCAUUGCUCAUUCCCUGAGGCUUGCAGCUAGUAGCAUUGCAUAAUUAAUCUGUAAAAGCAUUUACAAGCUCUUGGAAACUGGUGUUUCUUUUGCUUCUGGCUAUUUUGGAGUUGGACAAGCGAUACCAGAGCUGUCCUGGUUUAACCUUGGGGUGGAUCAAAUACUUUAGGGUGUAAUGAUCAAACAUAAUAAGCAUUUACAGCUUCUGGUGGUGGAGUGUGUUCACAAAGCGUGCUGGUCUUCGGCGGAUGAACAAGGCGUUGUUAGGAUUGUUGUGUUUUACAGUCUUAUUAAUAACGUACGUCUUGAAGUUGUCAAGCACAGUGUUACAAAGCACCUCCACUCAUGCUCAUCCUGGAAUACGGUUCCAUUUAUGAGCAAUUAAAAACCCGAUCGUAUUUUACUUCCAAGCACGUUUUGUUUUCAUUCAAGGCCCAAUCUAAACAGAUGCUCAGAAAUGACGUGCAUCGGGUUAUGGCUGCAGUCGCUCGGCCUCCCACAGUUUAGUGCAGUAAACGUUUCAGAGUUUGCAGAUGUUGCACUGUUGCGUGCUUAAAAAGCCUAUUGUGGCAGAUUGCAUGUGUGUGAUUUGAUUGAUUUUUUUUUAGCUUAUCUUUUAUCCUCCACACAGACGAAAGCUUUAGAUGUAAUCUACCAGCUGCUAUAAUCCAGUUAGCGACAUAUCUUAACGACUCCUGCACAGAAGCAUAUUCGUUUUAAAUGCAGACCAGCCACGUUAUUAUAUAAUAUAAACCCCCCCCCAUACUUAAAAUGAAAACCCUUUGAGUUCAACAAAGAGAGGGGAUUACUGUGGAAUGCAUCACAUGAGUCAUAAAACAACACCUCACGUAUUUCUGUCACUUCCUACAGUUUCCUCUCAGUACAAAUCCCAGACUUGUGGUUUCAUACUGACUUUUGAUGAGAAGAACCCAGGGUUGAGGUACUUUUUUCUGAGCAAGCUCUUACCUGUUGCCUUCUCUUUCUGGUCUCCUUGAAUUGUGCAGUCUUUUUAAGUACAGUAUGUGGGGGUGGGAAUGUCAUUCGUAGUGUUUGAAAUACCAGCUUGGAUCCACAGCCUGUGUGACUUUUAUCUUUAAGUUGACUCACGGCCUUUUCGAUUCGCCUCGGACUGCACAGAAUCGGGUCCCGAAAGGAUUCGUUGCAUAAAGUAACACAGCGUUAUUCAUCUGUUUACACGAAUUAGUUUAAAACAAAGGCACACAAAGGAACAAGAUAUUUGAGUUUAUAUUUAAUUAUCUAUUCAUUCUUAGACGGCAGCAUCUGAUUCUGGCAUCUUCGAAUCCACUGAAAAGAAACUCCAGCUGUAAUCGUCCAGAUGUUAUGCACAUACCAUGUGUGUACUUGUUAACUGUGUUCUCCUGCACAUGCGAUAUAAAGUGUGUACGGUAAAUCGUAUUCCCCGUGUGGUAUUGAAAGUAUAUUUCUAUUCACCGUUAUAGACUUGAGAUGUUCAGAUUCUGUCAGAUGAAUCAGAAUUGGUGUCUAUG